AUGAAAGGAGCGUCAAACUGGUUAACUUCACUGCCAAUAAAAGAAGAAAACUACGUCAUCAACAAACGAGAAUUCUACGACGCUAUUCGCAUGAGAUACAGGGGGCCGCUCAAGUUUAUUCCAACUACUUGUGCUUGCGGGGAAACGGUUCUCGGUAGAUCAUGCAUUGUCGUGUCUCAAAGGCGGCUUCGUACAUCAACGCCACGACGGAAUCCGCGAUCUUUUUGGCAGACGGCUACCGAGAUUUCUAACGACGUGGAGAUUGAACCAAACCUUCUCCCUCUCACUGGUGAGCAACUCCAUGCAACAGCAAACGGGAAAGAUGAAGCAAGACUGGAUAUCAGUACUGGUAGCUUCUGCUAA